AUGCCGCCAAAAAGUUUGAUCGCUUCUACUCGCGAUCGCUAUUUUAGCGCAAUACGAUCCGUUCAACCUGCUUCGAGAUGGAAGAUCUUGGUUGUGGACGGAUAUACAAAAACAUUGUUGAAUAGCGUCUUGAAGAUGUACGAUGUCCUUCAACAAAACGUAUCAACGGUAGAAAAUAUUGAAAUGCAAAGGCAACCACAAACAGGAUUCGAAGCUGCUUAUUUACUCUGUCCAACAAGUCAAAAUGUAGAUAGGGUCAUUCGUGAUUUAGCUCCGGAAGAUGGAAGACCACCACAAUAUGCUGCCGGUCAUAUCUUCUUUAUUGAUGCUUUAUCAAAUUCACUCUUGCAAAAGCUUACAAGCUCACCUGCUGAACCUAAAUUGCGUCAACUUAUCGAAUUGUAUACCAACUUUUGGCCAGUGGAAGCUCAAGUGUUUUCACUAAAAAGUCCUCAAUCCUUCUUUACCUUAUUUCAACCGAUUGGUGGUACUUUUGGACCGGAUCCUAGCGAAGCUGCUUCUGCUUUAGAGGAAGAGUUGCAUUUCACCACGCAAACACUCUUGAACGUUUGUGUGACAUUGAACGAAUUUCCUCUCAUACGAUAUUACAAUCCAUCACAUCCACCUCUGGGAGCGGCAGCGGCGGCCUCAUCGCAGCAACAGCAGGGUAGUAUGCGCAUGAAUCGAGCGCGGGGUGAUGGAAGCGGUGAUCACUUUACGAAACGACUAGCAUUACGUUUGCAAUUAGCCCUUGACAAGUACGUUCAAGAGAAUGAGCCAAAGAUCGAUGUCGGACGACCAAAAGGUGUUUUGUUCAUUACCGAUCGAACGAUGGAUACUGUUGCACCAUUUUUACACGAAUUUAGCUAUCAAGCCAUGGUUCAUGAUCUUCUUCCAAUCGUUGAUGGUAACAAAUACUCUUACCGCUUCUACAACAGCGAAGGUGAAAGGGAAGAUAAAGAAGCCACUUUGAGCGAUGAAGAUAACGUUUGGCAAGCAAUACGGCAUAUGCAUAUCGUCGAGGCAAUCGAUAAACUUUCGCGUGAUUUCAAACAACAUGCCGGUGAAGCAGGACAUUUCUCUACCGCAAACAGCUUGAACGAUAUGCGGGAUAUGCUGGCAAGCUUACCUCACAUGCAAGAGAUGAAGGAUAAAUUGAGUCUACAUUUGACUAUGGCACAAGCAUGUAUGAACAAAUUUGAGCAAAGCAGAUUGCCCGCUCAAGCUAUGGUAGAGCAAAAUUGCGCAACCCGUACAACACCAGAAGGGCAAAAGCCAAGAACAUUGGUGGAAGAGAUGGUGCCGUUACUGGAUGAUCCCGAAGUGAGCAAUGCAGACAAGGUGCGCAUCAUUGCUCUUUAUGUGAUGUAUUCAGAUGGUGUUCCAGACGAAGAUCGAAAGAGACUUUUCCAGCAUGCUCGUUUGGGUCUUUCGGAGAUGGAAGCGGUAAACAAUCUCAUUCAUUUAGGAGCAAGAGUCUUGCGUGAUCCUACCAAUUCCACUUGGGACGCUUGGUUUAAGAAAGGCAAACGUAAGCAAGUAUCAGGUGAAAAUGAGUACGAAUUAAGCAGAUAUCAACCCUUGGUCAAGCUUAUGGUAGAGGAUCACUUGGCCGGCAAAUUAGAUCAAUCAACUUACCCAUACGUGCGUGAUGCGCCGCCAGAAACUCCUUCUGGCGGAAUUAAUUCAGUCGUGGGAGGUGCUUCUGGAUUGGUGUCCAGUGUCACAAAAAGUUCUGCCGCUUCUGGUACAUCUCUACGUCCUCAACCAAGCAGUCUGCGAAGUGCCAAACCCACGUGGCAUCAAAAAGGUCGUCCUGGCGCAGGAAAUGGAGCUGGAUCGUCUAUUGGAGGUUUGGAUACCAGCAGACAGAGAAUGAUCGUCUUUGUAGCGGGCGGAAUGACGUAUAGUGAAGUGAGAAGUGCUUAUGAAGUUAGCGAAAAGCUGGGCAAAGAUAUGUAUAUUGGAUCAUCAGACUUUUUCACGCCAAAGUCAUUUAUCGAUUCCGUUCGAUCGCUUGGUAAAGCUUCCAGUCAUGUAGGUGGAAAUUCGCAUCAUCAUUCUCACAGUAUACCCAAUGGAAGCAAUAAAUUAUCUGCUCCUGCCAAUGAAGUGAGCGGAAUACGAUCGCAAGCCAACAAAGUUCGACAAAUGCCAAUAAUACAUCCUAACUCACAAGGUCAACAAGGAUCAAGCUUGAAUUAUGAACAAGAGUUAGAGACAAACCAAGGCUCGUAUGAUCGAAGAUUCCGUUCUCCCGAUCAACCAAUUUCGCCUUCUGCUCAACAACAACAAUAUAACGGAGGCAGUCAUGAUAUUCCACAUUCGAGUCCUCAACAUGCUUCUUUACGUACUGCCAGUCCUGCACCUAGUUCUAUUAGCACUGCAAGUGGAUUGGGAAAAGAGAAAAAGAGAAUCAAGAAUCCUUUCUCGUUUGGCAAGAAAGGUUGAGAUAAGCAAAGAAUAAAUGUAUACUCUUUCAUAUCAUUUGUGUGUCUAUACUCAAUCAAAUUGCCAUUUUAUUUCCU